AUGGAGUGGCCGACCAGUUCUUUCCCAGGGUCCCAAGAGGAGAGUACUCAUCCAGACCGCUUCCCCAUCGGUCAAUUCCUCUUUCCCCAGUCAUCAGCCGCUCCAGUUAUUGAACCUCGUGUUUGCACAGUCAAUCCGACGGGGGACGGAAACAUUCCACCACAAGGCGGCGGUGUGGCGCAGACUGCCCAAGCGCCUUUUGCCUAUGAUGAAAUCCCUGCCGAGUCACUUGAUUUGUUGUAUGCUUCCACUCGUAUCACUGGUGGUCAGCCCCUGCGACUACCAGUAGACUGGACGGAUACCAAUGCAGACACGAACCCAACCUGGCUUGCCCCCAAUAGCGCCAUGAGCCACCAGCCACACCCAGCUCCGGGAAGCCCACCAAUCUUUGAGUGCAAAUGGCGAGGCUGUUCCAGCUCCACACGGUUCAGCACUGAAGGGGACCUUGUCCGCCAUCUUAAAUCGAUUCAUAUCUCCCCAGAUGCAGCGUACCUUCCCGAUUAG